AUGUCCGCUAGACGAACACCUUUGUCUAGCAACCCCAAUGUGGCCAAUUCGCCCUUGAGAGCUACUUCUGCUAUGGCUCAGGCCAAGCAGAAGCGAUCUCACGCUAAUAUACAGCGAGAAGAGCUCUACGCCCAGCCGCCGCCCUACAAAAAGCAGGCUGUCGAAAAUGCCGGGUCGCGUCAACUACGGUCUCCGUCUAAGAUCACCAAGGCCUCUCAGCUACCCCAACGUGUGGGCCGUCCUGUCACAAAGGAACGAUCGACACAUCACGAUGACGCCAGCGUUGAGAGAAUUCGUCAGUGGCAGGCCGAGUACCGGGGAAGGUUUCCAAAAAUGGUCUUCUACUUUGAUAGUAUUCCCGAAGAUCAGAGAGCCAAGCUUUCCAGGCAUGCACAGUCUCUCGGAGCCAGGGACGAACGAUUCUUUUCGAGCAGCAUCACCCACGUUGUGACCGCCCGCCCAAUACCAGCGCAAGAGGACGUGCAAGCGACUGCACACGACACUGGGCCCGAAGAGCAACCCCAAACUAUCAACCCGUCUCUUCUCGACCGCUCGACCGAUGCACGGAGACGUCUUCUGCUGGAGACCACGUCGAGACGAGCCCAUACCCUCACCCAGCCGCAGGACGACAGAACCAGGCGAACGCGAUCAACCCAGAGUAACGAUGUUCUCCAUAAAGCCCGUGAUAUGGGUAAGAAGAUUUGGUCCGUCGAGAAGUUCCAGAGGAUGCUUCAGUUCCUACUGGAGCCGGAUCCGCAUGUUGUCGCCGCCUACGGCGCCAAGGGCGAGCAUGCGAGGAACCUGGGGACCAAGAAGAUGAUGGAGGAACCUGGUCUAUUGCAGUUGUUGCAGCACGAACGACUGAACGGUCCUUCUGAUGCUGUGACCAGCAGAGAAAUGAUCAACUUCAAGGGCCCGUACAUUUAUGUCUACGACAUUGAUGAGAAGCAGAAGCCAAUCAUGGUGCGAGAGUAUCCCAAGGUCAAUAACAAGUACGAUGGCGAGUGGCCCCAGUUCAGAACCGUCACGGACGGACGCUGUCCAUUUGUCGAAGAGCCGGAGCCAGCCGAACGCCCUGGCCGAAAGCCAUCGACGCAGCAAAAGGAAAGGAAGGAGCGUACUGCGACGAAGGCCGCGGCUGAGGAGCGCCAAUCCCUUCAUCCCCCGGAGGUCUCUGCUCCCAAGGCUGUCAUUGGCAAGCGUACGCUCUCUGAAAUGCAAGAUGAGCAACACAGGGCGGGGACUGCGGCGAAGCCCAUGGACGUGUUCAACCCUCCCAAGGCUGUGGUUUCCAACUCGAUCGAUUUUGGACGAACGCAAAAUGCUUUCACCGGCCGCACUGGUACUGGCCGCUUCUUUGCUGGCGAGCCUGUGGCUUCUGGAGUGCAGCCUUCCAACAUCACAUCGGCCAUCCGCUCGCAGAUGAUUUCGUCUACGUCUGGUAUCAACGGCGCAAAGGCUGGUACUAGCAAGGAAGUGCAUGGCCUACAACGCAAGGUGCUGCAAAGAGGAGCCCCCACGCCUCCAGAUGCCAGCUCUCGGCGACUGACCGAGAUGUCGUUGGAAGCGACCUCUACCAGGUCCACUAGUGUCUCCAGGACUACUAGCAGGCGAAUGGAGCUCAUUGAGGAGGAUACCGACAAGCAGAGUUCUAAGCUCUCCAGAGCCAGUUCCAAAACGACAGCACCGGCUCCCAAGAGCAGGCGUGAUCUGAAGCCGGGAUAUUGUGAGAAUUGCCAGGAUAAGUUCAAGGACUUCGAUGAGCAUAUCCUCACUCGCAAACAUCGCAAGUUUGCCGAAAACACCGACAACUGGGCCGAGCUGGAUGAGCUUCUCAGCCAACUAGGCAGAGCACCCAGAUAUUCCAAACACUCCCACAAUGACGGCUACGCGGAUGAGUCCUUGUAG